CCGCGGCCCCGCAGCGGUGGCGGCUGUGUUUGUUUACCUCGCGGCCACGGCACGGCACGUCCGCUAACGUUUCACACUGACCGGGCCCCAGAGGCAGUGCUCCCACAGUCUAACCAGCCCCCUAAAACACUCCAGAAGAAGAAGAAGAAGAAGAAGGCCCACUGGUGGCUGGUGCUUCAUACUGGUGGUGGUGUGUGUGCUCAACCCUCAGUGGCGGCUUGGUCUCAGUGUUUCCACGUGCCCACAAGUAACCAUGUCCACCAACAAGCGGAUAUUGUACGUGGGAGGACUUGCAGACGAAGUGACAGAAGAGGUGCUGAGGUCUGCUUUUAUUCCAUUUGGUGACAUUGUUGAUGUCCAGAUCCCUCUUGACUAUGAGACAGAAAAGCACAGAGGUUUUGCUUUCAUUGAGUUUGAGUUGCCAGAAGAUGCUGUUGCUGCCAUUGACAACAUGAAUGAGAGUGAGUUGUUUGGUCGCACAAUUCGGGUCAACCUGGCCAAGCCCCAGAAGGCAAAGGAAGGUUCAUCUCGUGCUGUCUGGGCAGACGACGAGUGGCUCAAGAAAUAUGCUGGCGCGACAUUGGAAGGCGAAGAGGAAGAGGGCGAGGAGAGUGGUCAGGGAACAGAGAGUGGCAAGCGGCCAGCUACAGAAACAGAAGAUGAACCCAAAUCUAAAAAGAAGAAGGGAAAUCCCCAAGUAUACUUUGACAUUAAGAUUGGAAAAACUUUGGCGGGAAGGAUUGUCAUGCAGCUGAGAGCUGAUGUGGUUCCCAAAACAGUUGAGAACUUUCGUUGUCUAUGCACACAUGAGAAAGGUUUUGGGUACCAGAACUCUACCUUUCAUCGCAUUAUCCCGGGCUUCAUGUGUCAAGGAGGAGAUUUCACCAACCACAACGGCACUGGUGGACGGUCCAUCUAUGGUGCAAAGUUUGAGGAUGAGAACUUCAAGCUAAGACACACAGGCCCAGGAAUCCUCUCAAUGGCGAACUCAGGGCCAAACAGCAAUGGCUCACAGUUCUUCUUGACUACAGAACGCACUGAGUGGCUUGACAACAAGCACGUCGUUUUUGGGCAAGUCAUCUCUGGCCUCAAUGUCAUCAGGAAAAUGGAGAAAUGUGGAACAAAGUCUGGGAAACCAACAGAAAAAGUAAUAAUUUCUAAUUGUGGAGAAUUAGUUUAGCAGUAGUUUCAAACAACUGUCUGUCCCUUUCUUUUGUGACGAGAAUACCACUACCUUGUAUGUAUCAAAACAGAUGAAAAUAAUAAUACAAUAAUAAAAUAUUUCUCUCUU